AUGUCACAACCAAGGGCCUUAAUUGGGAAGAAAUAUCCUGCUAAACAACAUGCUAGAAAUGUUUAUAAUCAUUUCAAAUCAAAAAAUGCUUCAAAAGCUCAAGGUUCAUUCUUCUUCAUCAGUGGCGAAAAUUUAGAAUUAUAUAAAUAUUGUGAUCAAACUAAACCAAUUAGACAAAAUAGAUACUUUUAUUAUUUAACUGGUUGUGAAAUUCCUGGAAGUCAUGUUUUAUAUGAUACAGAAAAAGAUGAAUUAACAUUAUAUUUACCAGAUGUUGAUAAAGAAGAUAUAAUGUGGUCAGGUUUACCAUUAUCAAAAGAAGCAGCCCUUGAAAAAUAUGAUGUUGAUGAAGUUAAAUAUGCUGCUGAAAUAGAAUUUACUAAAGCUUUCACAACUGAUAUUAAUCAAUGGAAUAAAAAGUUUGAAACUUCUUUAAUUGAAUCGGAUUCUGAUUUCUUUUAUGCUCUAGAUGAAUCUAGAUUAAUUAAGGAUGAUUAUGAAAUUGAAUUAAUGAGACAUGCUGCUAAAUUAACUGAUAAUUGUCAUUUAGCGGUCAUGUCUGCAACUCCAAUUGAAACUAAUCAAACUCAUAUUCACGCUGAGUUCAUGUAUCAUGCUUUAAGACAAGGUUCAAAAUAUCAAAGUUAUGAUCCAAUUUGUUGUAGUGGAGAAAGUUGUUCAACAUUACAUUAUGUUAAAAAUGAUGAAGAAAUUAAUGAUCAAAGAUCAAUUUUAAUUGAUGCUGGUUGUGAAUGGAAUUGUUAUGCAAGUGACGUUACAAGAUGUUUCCCAAUUAAUGGUGAUUGGACUAAAGAGCAUUUAGAAAUUUAUAAUUUAGUUUUAAAAAUGCAAGAAGAAGCUUAUAAAUUGAUGAAACCAGGUGCAAAAUGGGAAGAUUUACAUUUAAAAGCACAUAGAGUUUUGAUAGAAGGAUUCAAGGAACUUGGAAUAUUUAAAGAUUAUCCUGUUGAAGAAUUAUUUGAAAAUAAAGUAAGUGCUAGAUUCUUUCCACAUGGUUUAGGUCAUUUAUUAGGUUUGGAUACUCAUGAUGUUGGUGGAUAUGCAAAUUAUUCAGAUCCUGAUCCAUUAUUAUGUUAUUUAAGAUUAAGAAGACCAUUAGAAACUAAUAUGGUAGUUACGAAUGAACCAGGUUGUUAUUUUUCACCAUUUUUAUUAGAAGAUGUUUUAGAAGAAAAGAGUAAAUACAUUAAUCGUGAAGUUUUAGAUAAAUAUUGGUAUAUUGGUGGUGUCAGAAUUGAAGAUGACGUUUUAAUAACUAAAGAUGGAUAUGAAAUACUUAAUAAGAUUACCAAAGAUCCUAAAGAAAUUAGUGAUAUUAUCAAAAAUAGUCUAAAUAGGAAAUUUCAUAAUAUAGUAUAG